AUGGCCCCAGGUAAGAAAGUUGCUCCAGCUCCAUUCGGUGCUAAAUCCACUAAGUCUUCUAAGACUUCCAACCCAUUAACCGUUUCUACUCCAAAGAACUUCGGUAUUGGUCAAGCUGUUCAACCAAAGAGAAACUUAUCCAGAUACGUCAAAUGGCCAGAAUAUGUUAGAUUACAAAGACAAAAGAAGGUCUUAUCUAUCAGAUUAAAGGUUCCUCCAGCUGUUGCUCAAUUCCAAUACACUUUGGACAGAAACACUGCUGCUGAAACUAUUAAGUUAUUCAACAAGUACAGACCAGAGACUGCUGCUGAAAAGAAGGAAAGAUUAACUAAGGAAGCUGCUGGUAUUGCCGAAGGUAAGACCAGACAAGAAGUUUCUCCAAAGCCAUACGCUAUCAAGUUUGGUUUAAACCAUGUUGUUUCCUUAAUUGAAAACAAGAAGGCCAAAUUAGUUUUAAUUGCCAACGAUGUUGACCCAAUUGAAUUAGUUGUUUUCUUACCAGCUUUAUGUAAGAAGAUGGGUGUUCCAUACGCUAUCAUCAAGGGUAAGGCUAGAUUAGGUACUUUAGUCAACCAAAAGACCUCUGCCGUUGCUGCCUUAACUGAAGUCAGAGCUGAAGACGAAGCUGAAUUAGCUAAGUUAGUUUCCACUAUCAACGCUAACUUCGCUGAAAAGUACGACGAAUCUAAGAAGCACUGGGGUGGUGGUAUCGUUGGUAACAAGGCCCAAGCUAAGUUAGACAAGAGAGCCAAGGCUUCUCAAUCUGCUUAA